UCCAAAAAGACCCGAUAACGCGUUUUGUAUUUAUCUCACGCUCACAGAGUAUUGAAUGGCGAAGCAGAGAGACAGGGGUAAAUAUGGGCUAAUCUAUAAAAGAUAAUUUAAUCUAUAAACUGUAACAGUAAUUUACGAUUCAAUGAAUCGUUAAACCUAUGAAUACGUUUAUAGUAGUCAGUUGUUUACAAUAUGUUAUCCAGCUAACUCCAAUCGGCACCAACGUGAGGAAACGCAUGAAACAAUACUCUGUUUAGUUACUUUGUUUAGUUUUGGAUCUGUUAGUCUUUUGCCUCGUCAAUAUCCACCUGUGUAUCUUGGAUAUCCAAAGAGGCCUGUAAAUGGAUCCACCGAAGUUGCGUGAAAGUCCUGCGGGUUUAGGGGGACCUUCAGUGGGGGAGAAGGUAGGAGAUGACCGGACAGAGGUGACUGAUAAUGGCAGAGAAGCUGAUGGGGAAUCCGAGAAAACAGAAGAAACGGAGUUGGAGAAUAAAAACUGUCAAGAAGAAAAGAUGGUUAAUGGACAACUGACCGAAGAGGAACUAGAUCCCAGAAUCCAGGAGGAACUCGAGCAUCUAAACGAGGCCAGCGUGGCGAUCAACAAGCUGGAACUGGACCUUCAAGAGCUUCGAUCCAGCCACAAGAGGAUAAUGAGCGAAUCUGUGCAUAAACUCAAGGUGAUGAGUAACGAACUAGGGACCUGUAUUGAGAAGGCCAGGCCUUACUAUGAGGCACGAAGAAAAGCAAAAGAGGCGCAGCAGGAAACCCAGAAAGCUGCGCUCAGAUUUGAGAGAGCCGCCUCUAUGCACUUGGCUGCUAGGGAGAUGGUACACGUGGCUGAACAGGGCCUCACUGCCGUCAAAACACUGGAUCCAACCUGGCAAGAGAUGCUGAAUCAUGCCACUUUAAAGGUGAACGAGGCAGAGGAGGAGCGCGUAAAGAGCGGACGUGAGCACAUGCGAGUCACUCAGCUGUGCCAGGAGGCCGAGGCUCAUGUGCAGGAGCUGCAGAAGUCUCUGAAGAGAGCAAUUGUGAAGUCCAAGCCUUAUUUUGAGGUCAAGAACCAGUUUAAUGAAACGCUGGAGGAGCACAAGUCAAAGAUUUUGGAGUUAGAGGAGCAUAUUUCCAAAGCCAAGAUAUACUACUCCGACACCCUGCGUCACCUGGAAAAAAUCAGCGAGGAGAUCCAUGCUCAGAGGGAGCAGGGCCAACCGAAGGAUGAACCAAUCAGAACAUGUGGUGGGCGGUGUCCUCCGGUAGGAGCAGAGACAAUCAGCAGCACAGGGACUGAAGGUGGAGCCUCUGGAGGCUACACCAUACCAAAUAAUUGGGUGGAUGGGAAAGGGGAUGUGGCAAAUGCUGUAAAUUGGGUGGAGACGCAUAAUAGCUCCGGUUGGGGGGAUAUGGGAAGAGCUGAGGUGAAGAGAUCUGGUUCAGACUCCCUUUCCAUGGUCAGCUUGCAGACCAUCAUCUCAGAUCUUGAAAAGUGUGACUCAGUUGAGCACCUGGGUCAUCUCAGCAGUGAUGUUAGUCUUUCAGGUGAAGAGGGGGAGAAAGGUGAUGGACGAGCGAGACAAAAAAGCGUUGACAUUUCAGAGCAGGUUCUCAAACAGCACAACAGAAGUGUCAGUUUGUGAGUCUGUGCAUUAUAAUGUUUUAUUGUUUUAACGUUUCCGUGCACGAAGACCUUUGUUUCUUGAUUGAACAAAACUAUUUAGUUGAAGUUAUUUCCUUUUAGAACAUAUUUUUAUAAAUACUUCAAAAUGAUUCUUUUUUGGAUGUGAUGGCUGUGCAAUUUGAGUAUCUCAAGUGGUAAAAUAAUGACAGUAUUUGUUUAAGUUAAUAAAAGCACUGAUAUUGCUUUUAAUAGCUUGAUCAUGAAAUACUACAAACUAGCGCCCUUUUAUCUUUACACGCAACUAAAGUACUUCUAUGCAAAUGUAUAAACAGUGUCUUAUAAACAUGCUUUCAUUGUUGUAGCUGACAUCAAUCUUACUUUUUAAUUUAGAAGAGAUUUUGCUUCAGAACAGAUUUUACUGACGGCGUGUGAACGUUUGUUCACCUUCUGACACAAUAUGUGAAAGUAAACUGCUUUCGUACUCUAUUUAUAUUUAAUUUCACUGUAUUUCGCUUAUAAAAAUAUAUUUGUAUUUAUAUGUAUUUCAUGUGGAGUGCUUUAGUGGCACAUCUUACCCCAGCUGACAGACACUAUCAUAUAUUUGUAUAGUGUACUUCUCAAUGCAUGCAUAGGGCAUGUUUAAUUGAAUGCACUCUUGCCCUUUUUAAUCAGCAGACUGAAGAUUUUAUUAGAACACAUGUUCAGAAAAGAUGAAGUGCUGGUUUUGAAAUAUAGCUGUGCAAGACAAUCAUUUUUCUAUUUUCAGAAUUAAAUGUUAAAUAAUUUUAAAUAGUGAACAUCUUUGAUGCAUUUUUCCUCAUUAUGUGUUUUUUCUUAAAUACAUGUGCUUUAUAGUAUACAUGUUUGGUUACUCUCUGUGGGAGCAUCAGAUGUGUUUUACUAUUGUUCUAUAUGAUGAUGUGCACAGUAGUGACGUUUGAUGGAACAAUACAUUUUUAUGACAUUAGGAAUUGUUGACGUACUCUGUAUUUCUGUGAGAAUUUGAGACGUGUCAGUACUGAGAUAUUAAAAUAAUAUGGUCUGAAUUCAUUACGUGACGCAUGCUUUGUCGCUGUAACGUAGUUUAUUGUAUUGCUGUUCUUUUAUAUAUGUGUAAAAAGUACCUUUAUUUUACAACAUUAGUAGAAAAGCUAAGGGUGAAGCACAGACAUUCUUUAAGGUUAACUAGACACUAAAGUAGAUUCAGUCUACGUCUUUAUGCAUAUACUGCUAUGAUCAAAAAGGACGGGGAAGGUGAGCUGACUGAAAGGAGACACUUUGACUGUAAUUUAUUCCUUCUGAAGUCAUCUCUGCUUCUUUUUUUGCCAACUUUUACCAUCCUGUCAGAUUUCAAACAGCAUCUGCUACCUUGCUGAGCUGUCUGAAUGGCAAAAACAGGAAAAAAGUUAAAAAUGAAAAGGAUAAAAAUAUUUUUCACAGGACUGUUUUCUUCCUUGGUCUGUUUGUUCUUUUAGGGGUUGUUUCCCGGACAGAGAUUAUCUGAAGCCAGGACUAGGCCAUAGUUAAAUUAGGAUAUUUAAAAAAACCCUUAAAACACAACACUGGUGUGCAUCUCGAGACUUAAACAAUCGCACUGAUAAAUUUUAAGAUAUGUCAGUGUAAAUUGUUUUCGAUCAAGAAACCUCCAACAGUUAAAUUAGUCUGGGACUAGAUUUAAACCCUGUCCGGGAAACCGACCCAUAGUGUGUAAGUAAAUGUUCAGAUUAUGCAGACAGUCGGAGACAAACACGGUCAAGAUUAAUUGAUUGUUGAUCAAUGAUGUCAAUACAGAAUCUCAAAGCGUUUAUAGCAUGUGAAAAAAAACCUGUCAGACAAAUAACUCAUGUGGCUCUUCCUAAGGACUAGUCUCUAAUUAAAUAUUCAAGACUGAAGUAUAAAUAGACGACUGUGCUGUGCCCAUAACACAUUUCUAGGGACCAGACAAUCCUCACAAAUCUUCAGACUACUAAUGUGUUUGCAUAUGUGUAAAACCAUAUGAUCUCUAUAAUCUUUGUUAAAUAUCUCCGUUAAAUGUGAUGUAUUGUGGUUUUGUUUUGUCUACUCUGAGA